GUCUGAUGUUACGCAGUAGCCAGAACACCAUUCAUCACCAGGGCUGAGACAGGGAGAGGUACUCCCGCCGUUAUAAGACACAGCCCCGACACCCACUCUCCGUCAGAACUUCCCAGCUGGACAGAAGACCAGGGUUACGCACGAUGGCAUCUGGAUACAUGUGUUUACUGCUUCUAGCAGGCCUCCUCGUGGGCAGCAAGUGUCAAGAACCAGUGUCUACAGUUGUUAGGGCCAAUAUUAAUGUAGUUUUGGAACCAGAAGCAAAACCAGCACUUAUCCUAUCAGGAGCGGCCAGUGUCCCUGACAUCACUGCUGGUAACGUCACGUCCACGACGCCAUCAGGUUCGAACACAGACAUAGUCUGGGAGGCGAACCCUGAUGGAACUGGGGGCAUCUUACAAAAUACAGGAGGGGUUGUGCCAACAGAAGCAACACCAUCGACAGUUGCACCAACUACAACAGAAGCUGCAACUACACCAGCCGAUACGUCAACCGUUGGUGCAACCAACCCUCCUACAACUGUUGGUGCCACCGACCCCCCUACAACACCGGGUGCAACCGACUCCCCAACAACGACUCAAGCUGUGACAGACUCAACAGCACAGCCGACAACAACGGGUGCCUCAGGGUCAACAGCCGAGCCAACAACAGCAGCUGAACCAACAACAGCAGCUGCUACAACUGCCGAGCCUUCAUCAACGGCAGAACCAACAACACCAGCCGCUACUACAGAAGCAGCGACAGCAGAACCAACAACAGCAGAACCAACAGCAGAACCUACAACAGCACCUGCAACAGCGGAACCAACCACCACGGAAACAGCAACUUCGACGGCAGCAGCCUCAACUACAGCAGCGACAUCCGAGGCUACAACAACAGCCGGAGCAACGACAGCAGCAUCCACUGAGUCUGUAACAACAGCAGCAUUAGUAACAACUGAAGCAGCAACAACAACAGCUGCAGUAACAACUGAAGCAGCAACAACAACAGCAGCAGCAACUACUGAAGCUGCAACGACAACAGCUCCAGCAACUACUGAAGCUGCAACAACCACAGCUGCAGCAACUACUGAAGCUGCAACAACAGCAGCAGCAACAACUGAAGCUGCAACAACAACAGCAGCAGCAACAACUGAAGCUGCAACAACAGCUGCAGCAACUACUGAAGCUGCAACAACAACAGCAGCAGCAACUACUGAAGCUGCAACAACAGCUGCAGCAACUACUGAAGCUGCAACAACAACAGCUGCAGCAACUACUGAAGCUGCAACAACAACAGCUGCAGCAACUACUGAAGCUGCAACAACAACAGAAGCAGCAACCACUGAAGCAGUAACAGCAACAACAUCAGCAACAAUUACAGAAGCAGUAACAACAGCAACAAUUACAACAGCUGAUGCAGGCACUGCAACAUCGUCAACGAUGACCCCAGUUGUGACUGUUACAACUACGAUCGCUGCUGCUUCGACCACUGCUGCUGCAACAACAGCUGCUGCCUCCACCACAGCACCACCUGCUACCACCACAGCAGUCCCUGCUACCACCACGGCAGCCCCUGCUACGACAGCUGCGGCAACUGCGCCAACACCAGCACCAUCGACGGGCGUGUACCAAUACACACCAGGAAGUCUGGCCGCUCAGAACGAGGUGCGUCGACUUAUGCGUCUGGCUGGUUAUAUGGCUGACUUCAUCGAGAAGAUCAUCAAAAUGAUGCCACUCAUCACACCCGAGGAGUUUAAAGUCGCCCAAGCUGGAGUUGAGAAGAUCCGAGGAACCACCCAACCUCAGACGACCACCCCUGCUCCAACCCCCGCACCGACAUUACCUCCAGUCAUCAAUACCAACGUCGUUCCCCAGAAACCCUCCUACCCAACAAAUCAGUUCAACCCUUACAACCCUUACAACCAGUACCCACAAAACUACAACCGGCAGGUCCUCAACAAGUACGGCCAACCCACGUGGCAGCAGAACACUAAUGUUCCAACAAAGACUUGGCCAUCGUACCCCCCCAGGUCUGGCCAGAACCCAUGGCCUUUGCAGAACAAUCAGCAGACCGCACAGACCAGCUGGCCCACACAACAGAGAGUAACGCCACGACCACAGAUUCCUCAGACAGGUCAGAACUCGUGGAAUGCACAGAACAAGGUUCCUGCUGUAAAUCCGUACAACCAGCCAAACACUGCCCCGAAGACUGGCAUCAAGUCCCCCUACGGCAAUCAGGGAAUCAUGGCACCGACGUCAGGUACACCAGCAGGAGUCGACCCCUCUAAGAUCCGCUAUUUCGGUACAGUCACCACCACGCAGGCUCCACAGCUCAGGCCCUACCCGCCCUACCAGAACAUGCAGCGCUUCCAGCCUCCUACAUUCGGCCAAGUUUUUCCCCCGAGCUACUCCAACAUGUUCGGUAGAAGCCAGAACAUGAACAGACCAGUGCCCACACCAAUGGUGUCACAGAGGCAACAGCAGCAACGACAACAACAACAGCAACAACAGAGCAAUCAAAAUGUUGCUGCAAUAGUUUUGAACGCUUUACAAACAGGAGAGGUGAACCCUUCGAUGCUACUUUUUAGUUUACCGAAACAAGCACGGACUAAUCCAGUUGUCCAGUCGAUAAUUGCAAACCCUGAUAUGUUUACGGAAAUGGCCGAGACACCCGCAGGAAUAGCUACUAUCAUGAGAAUGAUGGGCUAACAAGGCUAACUGGCAUCGAGGUAUAACUUCACACGAAGCGCAGAUAUCGUUGGACAAGAGAUGGAAUAAGGGGAUACAACGCUCUCAGAAUCCAACGUUUCGAAUGACCUUGGUGGUAGCAGAAUCCUACUUACGAACUCCCGCAGAGCCUGCAUAACACAGGGCUCUAAAUGUGCAUUUCAUAUAUCAUUUUACGAACAGAAGUCCUAAUAUCCCUUUACAAGGGCAUAUUUGAGUAAACGAAAUUCAUUUUAACCGAAUACGACCCAAUAUGGUCUUGCAUAUUUUUCACUUUUGAUAAAUAAUUUUCGGUCAGAAGUCAAGCUGCUCAUCGACGCAAAUAUUUAUUUUCACAAUUUCAACAUAUUUCUGUAUUGUAUAUGCUCUCUUGUGCGAAGAGCAAUCUUGAAUGUGACAAUCACUGUUGCAUUUCUGUAGAUUGCCCGAAUUGAAAUAUGAAAAAGUCAGUUCAUAAUUUAUUCGAAUCGAUAGCAAAGUAGGCAUCGCGUGAUUGUAAAUAUUUAUUGGAAAGUAAGGUUGGCAAAUUUUUGACAUUGUAAUCAAAUAAUAAUGAUUACUUGUUAAUUUAAUUAUUUUGCUGUGAGAAAAACAAAGUAUUGCAAAAUAAACAAUAUUUCAUCAUA